GUUCACAGGUCUACUUCCCGGAAGCACGUGAUCAAGAAAGAGAGAUUAAAAAAACGCACGUGCGUUAACUUCCUCCGCGGCUGUCGAUCCAACACGUUCAACACACGAGACACAAACCCGUGGUUUCUGUUUCCGUUCCGCUGCCGGAGGAGAACCAUGGACGUCGGUAACGUCAUCAAGCUGCCGGUGACGGAGGAGCGAGCGGCGGCCAGGAAGCGAGCUCGACCGCCGCCGUGUGACCCGGAGGAGGAGGAGGAGAAGCGGCAGAAGAACGUGCAGCGCGUGUCGGUGCUCGGGGCGGAGGACCGCGCGGUGCGGCUGCUCGAGGAGCUCGUGUUCGGGGCCGAGGACGAGCUGCUGCAGCGGCUGGUGGUGGAGGAGGAGCAGGAGGAUGAGGAGCAGACUGAAGCUCCGCCUGUGGAGGACGAAGAUGAGGACGAGAAAGAGUCCGGCCUGCAGCUCCGACCGACCCCAGCGUCCGUCUGGGUGGACGAGGACGACGAGCAGGAAGAAGAGGUCGACAUGGAGCAUCGCUACCGUAGAAACAUGAUCAAAGGAGACGCAGAGUCGACGAUGUCCAAACAGAAACUACAGCAGAGGAUGAGAGAGCAGUUUCAGAGGUCGAUGGGCGGAGCUCCGUCGUGGGCGGAGACGAGUGGCAGGAAAAAGAAGAAGAAGAAGAAAAACGCUGCAGAUGAUGAUGAUGAUGAUGAUGAUGAGGGGGAGGAAGAGGAGGACGACCUGCUGAGGAGGACAGGGAACUUUGUGGUGUCUUCAGACCGUCUGCCCAGUGGCAUCCUGAGAAUGAAGAAGUGUCUACACGCCAACACCGCCCGUCCGUCCGAUGACAGACUGACCACCGUGCAGUUCCACCCCUCCGCUCAGGUCGUCAUGACGGCUGGCCUUGACCAAUCGGUGUCCCUCUUCCAGGUUGACGGGAAGACGAACCCUAAGAUCCAGAGCAUCCACCUGCAGCGGUUCCCCGUCCACCAGGCGGCGUUCAGCCACGACGGGGAGACGGUGAUCGCCACGGGGACGACCAACAAAAUGUUCUACUUGUACGACAUGAUGGAGGGGCGGGUCACACCGGUGCACACGGUCAGAGGUCUGAACGAGGCCAGAGUGAAGGAGUUCUCCGUCUGUCCUGAAGGAGGCGCUCUGCUGCUCACGGGCUCUCAUGGCUACCUGCACCUGCUCACACUCAAGACGAAGGAGGUCGUUCGCAGUAUGAAGAUCAACGGUGACGUUGCCGGCGUCGCCUUCUCCCCCGACGGCAGCAAAGUCUUCGUCAACUCAGAGGAGGGGGAGGUGUAUGUGUGGGACGUGCGCAGCAGUCGGUGUGUCAACAGGUUCACGGACGACGGCUGUGUGAAGGCAACAUCCAUCGCCGCCUCGCGUAAUGGACAGUACCUGGCUUGUGGCUCUCAGUCAGGCGUGGUCAACAUCUACUCUCAGGAGGCGUGUCUUAAUUCAGCCAAUCCGAAGCCGAUGAAGGCUGUGAUGAACCUGCUGACCUCGGCGACCUCCCUGACCUUUAACCCCACGUCUGAAAUCCUGGCCAUCGCCUCCCGAGCCGAGGAUGAAGCCGUACGGCUGGUCCACCUGCCCAGCCUCAGUGUUUUCUCCAACUUCCCCGUUUCGAAGAGGAAGAUAGUGUAUCGAGCGACCUGCCUCGACUUCUCUCCUCACGGCGGCUUCUUCUCAUUGGCUAACAACAAAGGACACGCCCCCCUGUACAGGAUCCUUCAUUACAGAAGCUUCUGAGGAGAAUCAACGUGAAUCUUCAGAAUCUCUUUAUGUAUUUCAUCAUUUGUAUAAAAACUGACUUUGCUUCAA